AUGUACAGUGCACUCGACAACGCGACGUCGCGCAGUGCGGACGUCUUUGUGAGCAUAAACCUGGAUACAAACUAUCUUCUGUUUUGUGGAUUAAACUGGAUACAACACUACAUUAAUACGGAACAAGGAUGCAAAAUCACACUACUAUGGGCUCCAGGACAUGUUGGCAUUCCGGGUAACGAAGUCGCCGACAAAAUAGCAAAGGUAUCAGCGGCGAAAGUCGAUGUGGACAAAAGAUUAUCCCAAUCACAAAACAAAGUCAAAUCACAAAUUCGACAAUUCUGCGCUAAUAAAUGGGAUCAACAUUUUAUACAAAGUGACCAAGCGUUUCAUUACAAGACAAUUUUCCCCACAAUUGAAGACAGCAUCAAGAAUUCCACUUGGUCACCACGAAUAAUGGACAAAAUUUUAUUUCGACUUCAGACGGGACAUUGCCGUUUAAAUGGGCACCUCCAUAAAAUAGGAUGCCAUAAUAAUGGACUUUGCGAUUUCUGUAAUGAUCCAGAGACAGUAGAACAUUUUCUAAUGAACUGUCGUGCAUAUAGAAAUGAAAGACGCAUACUAAAGAUGAAAUGCCGCGAUUAUGGCAUUGAAUUUCAACUCAAAGCUAUCUUACGCGACCCUAGCAUUUUCCCUGCUCUUGUUGAUUUUGUGAAAUCUACCAAGAGAGUAUUAUAGGCAUAUACAAAAUUUUGAUUU